ACAGGAAAUGACGCGGUAAGCGAUGGCUAACGCUGCUCUGUUUGAAACUGAGUGCGAUCUAGAGGAGAAGUCCCGCAUUCAUUUUUAGCAGUUAUUAUUGUUAUCCUCAACAAUUAAACAGCUUAAAGAUCAGGUGAAACAUCAAUAAGCUCAGUGAGUUUCUACACAAAGUUCGAAAAGCGCUGAAUUAAUUCUGUGCUCCGUCCAUUCAUAAAUAAGGAGAUAAGCGCGGCUAGUGCACUCAGUAGUGCUCUUUGUAGAUGUCUGCUCCGCUCCCUCAGAAGGGCCUGGGCCCGGGUCUGCCUGUCAUGGCCCCUCAGCAGCAGCAGCAGCCCGGGAUGCCUCCACAGGGCGCUCUGCGGGAAAUCUCGCCCGUCUACCUGUGCCGCAUCGGGCAGGAGACCGUGCAGGACAUCGUCACGCGCACCAUGGAGAUCUUCCAGAUCACGCGCGCCACUCAGCUCCCCAACGGCGUGACGCAGAGUCAGGCGGCGUAUCAGGACCGCUUCGGGAAGCUGCAGGAACACCUGCGUCAGCUGACCCUGCUCUUCCGUAAGCUGCGUCUGCUGUAUGAGCGCUGUAUGGAGAUGACCCCUGACCUCCAGGAGUCUCCGGCUGAGCUGGUUCCGUACGUGUCGGAGGAGACGGCAGCGGUGCGGGUGGAGCCAUGCAGCCCAGCGGUGAUCCAGGAGAGACAGGAAGUUCUAGAGAAAGUGAGGCAGAAGAACCAGGAGAUGAAGGUGCUAAUGGACCAGAUGAGGAACCUCCUGUGGGACGUCAAUGCCAUGCUCACCAUGCGGAAAUGACCGCGGUACACUUCCUAACAUCUGACCAUCUUCGGUCAACCCUCAGUCUUCUCAGUGCAUCUUCUCACACGGACGGCAGACUUUCGUUCACUGCUCGUUCAUCUUGACGAAUGAGAUCAGACUCAGCUGCUCUUCCUGCCUCAGUGUUGAAUCCCAGUGCUCUGAUCAAUAACUGAUGUUUCACACUCUUGCUCCUCAGGUAGUGUGUGUGUGUGUGUGUGUGUGUUUCCCUGAGCUCUGCAUUACACUCCUGAUAUCUGCCUUCUGCCUGAAGAAUCAUCUAAAAAAGAAUGAAAUGUAGGAUGGUAUUUUUUUUGUAAAGAUUUUUAUACAAAAUAAAAAAAAACACUUUU